UGAUGUUGUGGGGCUUGAGAGACGAUAAUACGUACGGAGACGACGAAGCUCUCUCAACCAAUCACGACCAAUAUGUCCUCUGGUGCUUACUUAGCUACAUGUAGCUCUAAGCAAAGAGUAGAAUACCCCGCAAUGAAGUAAAAUGUUGUGAUCCCGAUAUUCCCGUCCGACUUUCUAUCCCUCAACAACACAACCUAUCACCUAGACUAGCACUGUAAAUAUCCGUAGAUAAUUGACUAUCAAAUAUGGCUGCUGAACUGCCAUCUAAAAUCCUCAUCGUCGGAGCGACGGGGAAUAUUGGGAAAUAUAUUACGAAUGCCAUUGUCUCAGCCGAACCUCGUAUCGGCAAGCAGGUUUCUAUAUUCACAUCGCCUGCCACAGCGUCAAGCGAAAGCAAGCAAGCUGUAUUGUCACCAUGGAAGGCGAAGGGAGUGUCGAUCAUCAGCGGGGACAUCAACAAUCCCGACGAUAUUAGAAAGGCCUACGUCGGAAUUGAUACUGUUGUCUCUUGCUUAGGAAAAAACGCAUUAGCUAGUCAAAUUGAACUCCUCAAGCUUGCAGAGGAAAGUAAGGACGUGCAAUGGUUCUUCCCUAGCGAGUACGGGACGGAUAUUGAGUACGAUGCCUCGAGCAAGGACGAAAAGCCACAUCAGAACAAGCGUAAAGUGCGGGCAUACAUCCAUGAGAAUCUGAAAAGGGUCAAAUGUACCUAUGUCGUCACCGGCCCAUACAUCGAAAUGUAUUUGCCGCUGAUGCCAACAGCUAAAGAAGCUGGAGGCUACGAUGUCAAAUCGAAGGCAGCGGUAGUCAUUGGGGAUGGUAAUGGGAAGGUUGGGUUCACAAGCAUGCCCGACGUUGGGAAGUUGGUGGUUGCAGCUCUUCAACACCCCGAGGCGUCGCUAGGCAAGAUACUUAAAGUGCAGUCCUUUGUUACAACGCCAAAUGCCAUCGUUGCCGAGUUUGAGAGGCAGACGGGAGCGAAAUGGACGAUAGAGAAGGUACCAAACCAGAGGCUUCGCGAAGUCGAGAAGGAGAGUUGGGAUGCUAAUAACCCGUUGGCGACGGUUUACACAUUGAAACGGAUUUGGGCCGAAGGUGGUACGCUCUAUGAGAAGACAGAUAAUGAGGUUCUAGGUCUUAAGCCGGAAGACAUGGAACCAUUGAGUAUCGCUGUAGGGAAGGCUAUCAGAGGAGAAAGGUUUUAGGGAUAUUCUCAUACAUUGUGGGGUGUUAUCUCCGUGUUUUCUAGGAAAUGUGAAAAGGUG